AAAGGGAAGGACACGGGAUGCCUGUAAUCCAGCGUGGGACUGCAUCGCUCCGCAAGGCCAAGAAAGUCAACGUGAAAGUGUGUCUGGAUGACCCCUAUGUUAUUCAGUGGAAGACCAUAGACGGAGAUGAUAUGCAUUUUAUACUGCAGGCUUUAGAGGAGAGGAUUAAACAUGUUGGGCUUAAAAAGGUUGAGGCUCCAAGAAAGAAAAGACGUUCCACUCCAAAAAAGCAAGUGGAAAGGAAGGGUGAUGUGGCCAGCAGUGAGCUCCCUAAGGAGAAGGAGACAGAAGGCAGUCGACCAGAACCAGGAUGGACUGAUUUAAGUAUCAGAAGGCAGCUCACCAUUGGAAUUAAUGAAGCGACAAAAGCUUUGGAAAAAAAUGAGCUUAUUCUGCUGUUGGUGUGUAAGUCUGCAAAGCCCGACAUGAUCACAUCCCAUCUUAUUCCCCUGAGCGCAAGUCGGGCGACGCCAGCGGGCCAGGUGCCCCGUCUCAGCGAGACCGUCGCGCCGCUUCUUGGCCUAAGCUCUGUUCUAGCGUUAGGCUUUAAAAGGCAGUCUGUCCAAUUCACGGAGGUGGUGGAAGCAAUAAUUCCAAAGAUACCUGCCCUGGAAGUGCCGUGGAUUAUUCAGGACGGGGCUGAACAGUCUGUGGCAGAUGCACCCUCGGAUUCGUCAGGAAUUCAGGAUCCUGAGCAGCUUGCAGAAGCAGAGCUCGCGAGCCAGAAGCGGAAGCGUGCAAAGAGCAACCAGUUUGGCUCUGCACAUGUAGUUCUGCAGCCUUUGAAAAUCAAGAAGCUUCUUCCAAAUCCCAAUAAGAUMAGGAAACCACCCCGCAAAAAGAGAAAAGCUCUGUCGUUGUAAUUGAUUUUAGUCCAGCUCUUCCUGUUGAUUUUAUUUUUCAUUCAGUAUCAAACACUGAACGAUGCUGUAAAACUUCCCUGUGUGAAGCACUGCUCAGUGUAACUUGAAGUCAGCUCUGCUGCUUUUCCAUUUUAUGCUUUAUGCUUUUCUAUUAAAGAAUAUGGCUGAUGUCUAUGUGUCUGUAUGUAGGGCUAAACACUUGCAUUUUGAGAUCAUGGAACAGAAAUCACUGCAUAAACAUCACGAGGUCAUAUCAGAUACAUCCAUGAAAYUGAUGGAAAGCAUUUUGUAUUUGUAUUUUGUAUUUUUAUGUAGGUGAACACACUUUGAACGGGAACCACUGUAAUUUAAGUGUAAUUAUUCAAACAAGCAGAUACCAACAUUGUUCGUUUAUUUAAACAAGGUUCAUGCUGGCAAACCUUUUAAAAACUGUUCCAAUGCUUGUUUCAUGUAAACAGCUGUAACUGAUAGUACAGGCAAACUUCUCUUUUGGACUUUCAUACUUUGCUGUGCUGGACACUGAGCUUGUUUUGGUCAGGGACACGUGCAGACUUGGAGUCCAACCAUCUUUUGUGUCUGAUAUGCUAAAGAAAAACGUUUUGCUUUCCAUAUCCGCAAGAAGACCAAAUUACUACGUUGCUGCAUCUCUGCAAAUCUCUGCAAAUUAUUAUUUUCCCCCCCACAGGAUCAGACUAUUCUAGACUCAAUUUGAUUUCUCAGUGGAGCCUAAAGUUAUUUCCCAGUAAGUCCAUAUAAAAUACGUACUGGUGUAGGUUCUGUAGCAAAUAUUGGGUAUAUUUYGGUGGCUUGUAGCGGUUUUACAGUCAUCAACUUUAGAGUUUCCUUUAAUAUUAGUGAGGACUAUGAUCCAUUCCCUAGGAARAGAGUAGUUCUAUAGGAAGGAAGGGUAACGGUGGUGCAACCCAGAUGCCAUCGAAGACAACACCGUGGGAAUUCGGAUGCAGCUCAGCACUUCAGGAAGUCACUACUGUGCUGCAACAGCAGAAAGAUUCUUGGGGAAUCUUCUAGAAUUAAAAACAAAAAGAAAUAUUCUUAGGGAGUUUACUUUGGUGUUUCUUUAGGACGGCCUUUUCAGAGCUUUUACCCUUUCAGUGCCUCAGGGAGCUAGCCUGUAUUUUGGGUUUAUUUWGAGAUGACUUCAGUUCAUGUUGUCAAACCGUAAAGGGAGGCAGUAGCAAAAAUCAUGAGGCUUCCUGAAGAUAAAACAAAAUAGAGAUGUUUAAGGGAUUUUUUUGGCCCUGCCUUGCAGGAGCUGGCAGGGAAGAGUUGCUUUGGCUUUAGCUUUUUAGAUKAAUAAAACCAUAAGGGCAUGCUAGAACUGGUGCUUUUAUUUCCCAUGCUAGCUCAUGCUAACAGCACAUUUAAAACUGAGUCGGGAAGCGUGACAGCUGGUGAAGCACAUUCGUGUU